UGGCUGUCUAAUUGAAUAAAAAAUGAACUCUUUGAGAAUGAUUGCCUUAAAGAACCUCAGAUAUCAGUCUUUUAAGAGGUUCCAGAGCUCUUCUACUGCUGCUUUGGCCUAUAAGGCACUUCACAGAAACUCAAGAAGACCUCCACUCCCAGUCUUCGACGCUCCUGGAUGGAGUGCUGAUUCUGCUGUUUCCUCGAUUUUGUAUGAGACUCCAUUGCCUUCAAAACAACCUCCCAAACAACACAUCUUCAAUUGCUUGGUUCAAAAUGAACCUGGGGUAUUGGCUCUCAUUUCUUCCACCUUGGCUGCUAGAGGGUUCAAUAUUGACUCAUUGGUUGUUUGUAACACCGAUGUUAAAGACUUGUCUAGAAUGACUAUUAUCUUGGAGGGGCAAGAUGCUAUAAUCGAACAAGCAAGAAGACAAAUCGAAGAUUUGGUUCCAGUGUUUGCUGUAUUAGAUUAUUCCAACACCGAAAUUAUUAAAAGAGAAUUGUUAUUAGCUAGAGUGUCGCUAUUAGGUCCAGAAUAUUUUCAAGAUUUAGUCCACCAUCAUAUGCUGGACUCCAGUUUGGAUCUUUUAAAUGAAAAUAUUGAUCCAGAAUCAGAUUCGAAAUCUGAUCCAAAUGAUAUCACACAAUCAAAAUACCAUCCAAAAAACCUACCUUUAUCUGAAGUAUUAAGAUUGAAGAACCACUAUUUAACUGCUUUAGAUAACUUAACUAGGCAAUUUGGCGGAAGAAUUGUUGAUAUCAGUGAUAGGAAUUGUAUUAUAGAAUUGUCUGCUAAACCUUCAAGAGUCACUUCUUUCCUUAAAUUGAUUAGAAAUUUUGGUGUGUUAGAAGUUGCAAGAAGUGGAAUGAUGGCUUUACCUAGAACUCCUUUGGAUGAUCUUACUGCUGAUCAAUCAAGUUUACUUGAAAAAGAUUCUACUGAUGUUGUUGAUCUUACUCAAUUACCUCCAGGUUAAACAAUAUCAUUGUUUAUAUAUAAAUAUGUAAAUAUAUAUACAUUAAUCUAAUGUAUUUUACAUACUAGGAAUUUAAGAAAUUUAAAAGAUUAAUAUGACAAAUCCAGAGAUUUCAUAAAUUAAAAUUAAAAUCAGAUCAAACAAAUACAAGAAAAUAAUAAAAUGAAAAGAAUAGAAAAAUUCUUUUAUAAUUACAAAAAAUAUUUUACUAUAAUUAUAUCCCACACCAUCUUACUAUCAAUAAUUCCAAAAAUAAAUUUAGUAAAAAACUGACAAAAAAAGAUUAAAUAAAAAUUAUCAAAACCAACAUAAAGUAGACAAGAGCUAACCGAU